AUGUGUCUGUUGGUGGUAGAGGAUGGAUUUUCAGCAGAAGAGGUGUGGCGACAGAUAGAAAGGCUGAACCAAAUAACAGGAAAACCCACAGAAGAGUUCAGAGUUGUUCUGCCACUGAGCUCUGAACAUCCAGAUUCUUACCCAUUCAGAUGCAACACCACGGAGCAGGUUGUCAGUGAACUGAGAGGGCUGGCUGUAGAAAGAAAUCUGACGUCAACCAACAAGAGGCAUGCUGACCAUCCUCAGUCAGAUGCGUCAUCACACAGAGAGAGAGGUGGCAGAUCCUGGGUAUGGAACCCUUUCACCAAGAAUUUCAAAAGAAAGUCCUCUGGCACCACAGUGACCCUUGUUCUGCUGGGAAUGGCCGGGACUGGAAAGAGUGCGAGUGGAAACACAAUCCUGGGAAAGAAGCAGUUCACGUCUAGAACCAGUUCAAAUCCGACCACCACAGAGUGCCAGGUGGCAGAAACAGAGAUAGACGGUACACGUGUACGGGUCAUUGAUACCCCAGACAUCUUUGAUGAUGAGAUUAAAUCAUCAGUUAAGAACAAACAUGUGAGAAAGUGCAAACAGCUCUGUCAGUCAGGACCUUGUGUUUACUUACUUGUGAUUCAUGUUAGCAGAUUUACAGACGGUGAGAGAGACAUACUGAAAAAGCUGGAAACAGCUUUUGGUAACAACGUUCAGGAACAAACAGUCAUCCUGUUUACUCGUGGGGACGACCUGCAGCGUGCAAAGAUGAGCUUGAAGAACUUUUUGAGUGCCUGCCAGACAGAUCUCAGGGAAAUAAUUAAAAAGUGCGGCAACAGGUGUGUUGUUUUUGAGAACAGUGGCUCAGAUUCAGGUCAAGUGGAGAAGCUAAUGCAGACAGUGGACAGCCUAUCCACUGUCUGAUAAAAAGACGGAAGAAACAAUAACUGUGUAUGAAUCAGACCAGAUUAAUGAAAUGCUGGGAUGAAAUAAAUCAUUAAUC